CGUGAAAGAAGUCAUACAUAAGAAGUGAAUACAAAUUCCCGGAGAGCUAUCCCUAACCCCCCGCCUUCAUGAAGUGCUUUGGCCGAAUGAUGUGUGGACAGGCGGGUUUUAUCCCAACCGUCCGGUGUGUCAUCGCCUCGUCUAGCCCGUUUUACCCACGCCAAGACAGCGAAGAUUGGCGGGAUAAGUCGAACGAAGUCGACCUUUUUGUAAACAUGCCCUGAGGAGAGCUUUUUGGUUGCGCUGACUUUUCACUGCAGCAAUAGCACAUCCGCUUGCGAGGUCUCUGUC